UGUACGUACGGAAGUGCAUGACAGGCUAGCGCGCCAAACCAAUGUUCGACAAAGGGGAAAGGAAAACAUAGGACGUCUGUAUAAUUAACCGCCAAACACGGCUAUUAAGAAAACGUGUAGACGUUAGAGAGCAAAUACGUAACCGGUCAAAACUCGUAUUAACGUACCCGGUCGAACCAGAGAGCUGUCAGGAUGGGUUUGCUCGAGCGCUGCCAGGAGCUCUUCAAGACCUCAAACCUGUACGAGGUGCUGGGCAUCACCAAAGAGGCAGCGGAGGCAGAGAUCCGGAGGAGCUACUACAAAGUGUCGCUGAAAGUCCAUCCAGACCGGGCUCCUGAAGACCCGCUAGCAACAGAGAAAUUUCAGGUGUUGGGGAAGCUCUAUGCAGUGCUGAGCGAUAAGGAGCAGAGGGCUGUUUAUGAUGAGCAGGGAGUGGUGGAUGAAGAGUCUGACGUCUUGAGUCAAGACCGCUGCUGGGAAGACUACUGGAGAUUGCUUUUCCCUAAGAUUACAGUGCAGGACAUCCUUGAAUUUGAGAAGAAAUAUAAGGGCUCUGAGGAGGAGCGGCAGGAUGUGAUCCAGCUGUACGUGCAGCACCAGGGAGACAUGGAUGCCAUCACAGCCUCUGCCCUGUGCUGCUCCCAGGAAGACGAGCCCAGGCUCUGCAGCAUCAUCCAGGCCGCCAUCGACAGCGAAGAAGUCACAGCGUUCCCAGCGUUUACUCGGGAGAGUGAGAAGAAGAAGAGAGCUCGUAGGAAGAGGGCUGACAGAGAGCGACAAGAAGCAGAGGAAAUGCAGAAGGAGAUGGGGCUCGGUGAUCAGGAUGAUAGUCUUGUGAUGAUGCUUAAGCAAAGACAGGCAUCCAGAGAGCAGAAUUUUAAUAGUUUCUUAUCCGACCUGGAAGCAAAAUACUCCAAAAAAGAUGGGAAAUCUCAAAGGGGACGAAGAGGAAAAAAGUGAAAAGCGUACAGGCUCUGGUUAUAGCAGAUAAAAUGUAUAUAGAUCUUUAAAAAAAAACACCUUUUAGAUUAAUAAGAUGCUUUUGAGUACAUGUAUGAGCAGCUACCAGUUCCCUUCUGCAUGCUUCCACAUGAAAGUUUUUAUGCAGCACUUGUCAAAAUGUAAAUGUGUCCUUUAUUUCUUGUCAUUUAUGUCUUGUUUUCAGUCUUCAUAAACUCAAAUAAAUUCAUAUUUAUGUUCACAA